AUGACUAUCAACAGUGAAAGACGUCCCAAAAUGUGUCAAAAUAAUUUGAAUUGGCUAUAUGUUGCUUUUGCUUUGUGUUUUUUGUUUGAGUUAGUUAGCCUCAGUCCGUGUCCCUGUGAUGAUCCUUCUCUCUGUUUACCAGCAAGUGGCAGUAAAAAGUCAGAGGUUUUCCUUUUUAAGUUACGAAAUGACAAAUCAUGGCUGAAGUAUGACUGGACCAAAGUCACAUCAGUGGUCACUGUUGGCUUCAUGGAUACUGUACUGAUGUGUCAUGCUCACAAAUAUGGUGCAAGGGCUAUUAGAAUUGUGAAUUAUCCAAUCGAUCAAUUACUGAAUGUUACCCACAGACAACAAUGGAUCCAAGAACAAGUGUCACAAGUUUACAAAUAUUUCUAUGAUGGAAUCAACUUUGAUAUGGAAGGUGCUUUACCUCUUACUCGCAAGGACCUCAGAGAUGCUCUCACAUCAUUGGUGAAUGAGACUUACCAAAUUCUGAAAGCAAAAAAUAAAAACUAUCAGGUGACAUAUGAUGUAGCCUGGUCACCUCAUUGUGUGGAUAACAGAUGUUAUGAUGUGAAAGCCUUGUCUGAAGUGACAGAUUUCUUAUUUGUGAUGGCUUAUGAUGAACGUAGCCAAAUUUCAGGUCCUUGCAUUGCUGGUCCUAAUUCUGCUUAUAACCUCACUCUGUAUGGUAUUGAUGAAUAUAUUAAAAUGACAAUUCCUUCAAGAAAACUUGUCUUGGGUGUGCCUUGGUAUGGCUAUCGAUAUCCUUGCAUCAGUUUAUCUUCUAAAAAUGUCUGUAAAAUUCAUAAAGUCCCUUUCCGAGGUGCCGAGUGUAGUGAUGCAGCAGGGAAAGAAUUUGAUAUUGCUGUAAUUGUUGACAAAAUGUUACCAAAAUCCCAAACUGGAAAGAUUUGGGACAAAAGUUCUAUGACACCUUUUUUCACAUAUCAGGAAGAUGAUGGCACUAUCUACCAAGUAUGGUAUGAUGACACUGAAAGUCUUCAGCUAAAAUACAAACUUGCAGAACAACUGAAUCUUCGGGGUGUAGGAAUGUGGAAUGUUGACUGUGUCCGAUAUGAUGAUAGCAGGAAUUCAACAAAACUCCGAAAGAUGAUGUGGAAUAUUUUACCAAAAUACGACAUGUCCUAUCUCACCCCAACACACUAA